UCGUUCAUUUCAUUCAUUCAAAACUCGAGUUUGUUGUGGUGCGGCUCGCGAGUGCUGAUUUUAAAUAUUUUUUCUUUAAUUAUUUCCAAAAACACCCGAUAAACACAAUGAAGAUCGAGGAAGUGAAAAGUACUGCUAAAACCCAAAGAAUAUCAGCCCACAGUCAUAUUAAAGGAUUAGGUUUGGAUGAAAAUGGAGUUCCCAUUCAAAUGGCAGCCGGUCUCGUGGGCCAGGAAUCUGCAAGAGAGGCUGCAGGAAUAGUGGUUGAUAUGAUAAGGAGCAAAAAGAUGGCUGGCCGAGCCUUGCUCCUAGCUGGGCCACCUGGCACGGGUAAAACUGCCAUUGCUUUAGCUAUUGCCCAAGAACUGGGUACCAAAGUGCCAUUCUGCCCUAUGGUUGGCAGUGAGGUAUACAGUACUGAAAUUAAGAAAACAGAAGUGCUAAUGGAGAACUUCCGACGUGCCAUAGGAUUACGAAUUCGUGAGACCAAAGAGGUUUAUGAAGGAGAGGUCACUGAACUUACUCCAGUGGAAACUGAAAAUCCUGCUGGAGGUUAUGGCAAAACUGUGUCUCAUGUCAUCAUUGGGCUGAAAACAGCCAAAGGUACAAAACAGUUGAAGUUGGAUCCUACCAUUUAUGAAUCUCUACAGAAAGAGAAAGUAGAAGUUGGUGAUGUCAUCUACAUUGAAGCUAACUCUGGAGCUGUGAAGAGGCAGGGAAGGAGUGAUACCUUUGCCACUGAGUUUGAUCUUGAGGCUGAAGAAUAUGUUCCGCUGCCAAAAGGUGAUGUUCACAAGAAGAAAGAAGUUGUUCAGGAUGUAACUCUGCAUGACUUGGAUUGUGCCAAUGCUAAGCCACAGGGUGGGCAAGAUAUCAUGUCCAUGAUGGGCCAACUAAUGAAACCAAAGAAGACUGAGAUUACAGAUAAGCUGAGGAAAGAAAUCAAUAAAGUAGUAAACAAAUACAUAGACCAAGGUAUAGCUGAAUUGGUGCCAGGAGUUCUGUUCAUUGAUGAGGUACACAUGCUAGACAUUGAAACAUUCACAUACCUACACCGGGCCUUGGAGUCGGCUAUUGCGCCUAUUGUUAUUUUCGCUACGAACAGAGGCAAAUGCCAAAUAAGAGGCACUGAAGACAUAAUUUCUCCACACGGAAUUCCAUUAGAUCUUUUGGACAGGCUUCUGAUUAUUCGCACUUUGCCAUACAACAAAGCUGAGCUUUUGCAGAUAUUGAAACUUCGAGCGGCGACAGAAGGUAUUGCUAUUGAUGACGAAGCCCUCACCGCCCUUGCAGAAGUUGGAGCUAACAGUACCCUUAGGUACGCAGUGCAGCUACUGACGCCGGCGUCGCUGGCGGCGCGCGCGGACGGCGCGGCGCGCAUCACGCCGGCCCACAUCACGUCGGUGCACACGCUGUUCCUGGACGCCAAGUCCUCCGCCCGCAUCCUCACACAGCACUCUGACAAGUACAUGAAGUAAACCCAAGCACUCUAGGUAUUUCUAACUGUUGAACAAUCCAACUUUAAGCCUAUAUUCAUUGAUCGGAUUGAUUCUCACAACUGUCGAUAUCUCAUAUUACCCAUUAUCGUAUGUAUACAUUCAAGUAUGUAGUUUUACUAUAAUAAAUAGGUGUCUUGAAUGACACCAUAGUAUCGAAAUCUUGUACUGAUAUGUAUUUCCAGUAAGACAUUUAAAAUGUGUUUCCAUUAUAUUUAGUUUGACACUAUUCAUGUGAUAUGUUCUAUUUGAAAGCACUGUAUAAGAUAAUUUAAUCAACGUCUAUAAACAAUGUGUCUGGUAGUUCUAUGCAUUAGAGGGAUGUCUAUUUUUGUUCUGACUUAGGAUUUGCACUUUAGUUUGAUGGUGUUCAUUCCACCGAAUGUUACAUAUUAUUGGUGUUCAAGAAAGAAAGCGGAAUUGUAUAAUAAAUAAGUUUUUAUUUUAUAAAAAGUUUCUUAUUCUAUGUUAGACCUAUAUUUAUUUACACAACAAUAAUUUCAGGCUUUUGCAAUUCAUAUAACAACAGUAAAACAACUCUUUAUCGAAAACAUUCAAUGUAACUAAUAUGUACGAACGUUGUUACUCUAACAAAAUGUAUGUACAAAAUAAUUA